AUGAACAAUUCUCUACCAUUCAAUAAAUACGCUUUUCUUACGACCCACAACUCUUUCGCCAUUGACAACGGGAAACUGAAGCUCACUUUAACCAAUCAAGAAGACACAAUCUCUCAACAACUCAACAAUGGCGUCCGUGGCUUAAUGCUUGAUACAUAUGUUUUCGAAGGAGAGGUAUGGUUGUGCCAUUCCUUUGGAGGCAAAUGCCAUUACAACACCAAAUUCUACUGGUUCCCUUUGUCGAGAAUGCCUAAAGGCGGCCAAGAUUGGCCUUUGGUUAGCGACAUGGUCGCGCAAAAUCAAAGGCUGCUCGUUUUUACUUCCGAAGAGUCUAAGGAAACUAGUGAAGGGAUUGCUUAUCAGUGGAAUUACAUGGUUGAAAAUCAAUAUGGAGAUGAUGGAAUGGAAGCUGGAAAGUGCUCCAAUAGGAAAGAGUCAAAUGUGUUAAACGAUAUGAGUAGAUCUUUGGUGCUCGUAAAUUAUUUCCCGAAAAUUCCGAUUAAGCUUGUGGCGUGUGUUCAGCACUCCGACAACUUGGACGAUAUGCUCAGGACAUGUUCUGUAGCGGCCGGAAACCGGUUCAGGCUGUACCUCUCAAUGAUGAUCAUCCUUUUGAAGGCCGAAGGAACAAAAAAAGACUCAAAUUCUCUUUCAUUUCAUGAAUUAAUGUAA